CUUUAAAGUCGACAACAACUUCCUCUGCGGGGGAGCGCGAGCGCGAGCGCGCGCCCACUUGCAUUGGCUUUAAAUCUGCGCGCGUCCGUUCAUGGCUCCGCCCACUUUCCGCUUUCUCACUCGUGUUUUCCCUCACUAACUCACACGCACGCGCACACACACGCGCACACAUCAAGAGUCGCUGCGAAUAGACACACACACGCACACACCGCACACACACACACACACACAUUCACAUUUCUGCAUCCUAUUUUUUUUAAUGCACCGGGAGCCACACGCUUUAGGAGAGCGGUCGUGGAUUAUGGUGCCAUUUUUUGUCUAACGGCGGACUAAUGGCAUCUUCAUCAUCCGCUCCCGUAGGAGUACACCGCGUAUUUUGUACCCCUUCUCUUCUUUUUAUUCAUGUCUUAAUUUAGCUUCCGGGUUACUUCUGCGCACCGAGAUAACCACCGAGACCCGCAGCCCCUCCGUUCAAUGCCGUUGGAACAUGUCAUAUGUUCCCAUUCAAGCCAUGCAUUUGAAGGCACCACAGCCGACAGAUGCAAGGUGUGCCGCCCCCCCCUCCUACCACCAUCACCACCAUCACCGCUCCCACGUGCACCCCUUCCACCCUCCCGCCUACGACCGCCCGCCGUACGACCGCCCCGCCUACAGCCGCCCUUCACACGAGCACUCCAUCUACGACCACCCCUCCAACGAACGCCCGCCCCACGACCACUGGAACGCCCGUCUCCGCGUGAGCCCCGGAAAACCGCUCCACAUGUUGGACCAGGAAGAGGUACAUCCUUUGCUGAUGCGCGAGAGGCGCUCAGAGUCUCACAGGAACAAGCUGCUGCGGCGGACAGUCAGCGUUCCUGUUGAGGGGAGGCACCAUCCCGAGAUGGAUCACCGAGCUCGACGGAAGAGCAUAGCCACAGGGAAGCAGCCCAGCAUGGAGGUCCCUCCCACUGCCCCCCUUCAACCCUUCCGACAAUCCGUGAGUAACCCCCCCUGUUCCCGCCCUCACUCGCUGCCCCCGUCCCUCUCGCUGUCCCUCGUCCCCGGCCCCACCUUGGCCCCGCAGCAGCACACCUGCGGGCGGCGGGCCAGCGGCACCCCACCUCACCCGUUCCCUCUCCCCCUAGCUGUCUCCCCCACCCUCAGUUUGUACCAGCCGCCGCCGCCCCAGCAGCACCGCCGCCUAAAGGGCCUCAAGAAGGGCGCCGGCACGCCCCCUUUGUCCCGCUCGCUGCCCCUCUCCCCUUGCUUGUCCCUCACCCUGCCCCACUCGCCCGCCGCCUCCUCCUCCUCCCCCCCCUUCUCGUACUGGGGUGGAGACUGGAGGACCGCCGGUUCGAGUCCCGUGGCGGGAGGAACGUUAAUUGCGGCGCUGCCCCCAGUGGAGAGUUUCCUCAGCAGAAGGUUGAAGGGCUCCAUCAAGAGGGCCAAGAGUCAGCCCAAACUGGAUCGAACCAGCAGCUUCCGUCACAUGAUCCUCCCCCGCUUCCGCAGUGCCGACCAGGACAGGACGCGUUUGAUGCAAAGCUUCAAAGAGUCGCACUCCCAUGAGUCCUUGCUGUCUCCCAGCAGCGCAGCCGAGGCGCUGGACCUCACGCUGGACGAGGACGCCAUCAUCAAGCCAGUACACUCCAGCAUCCUGGGUCAGGAGUACUGCUUUGAGGUGACCACGGCGUCGGGAACCAAGUGCUUUGCGUGUCGCUCGGCGGCCGAGAGAGACAAAUGGAUCGAGAACCUGCAGAGAGCCGUCAAGCCCAACAAGGACAACAGCCGGCGAGUGGACAACGUGCUCAAGCUGUGGAUCAUCGAGGCCCGCGAGCUGCCGGCUAAGAAGCGCUACUACUGCGAACUGUGCCUGGACGACAUGCUGUACGCUCGCACCACCAGCAAGCCGCGCACCGACACCGUCUUCUGGGGGGAACACUUUGAGUUCAAUAACCUGCCGGCCGUCCGCAACCUACGCCUUCACCUCUACAAAGAGACGGACAAGAAGAGACGCAAGGAGAAGAGCACAUACCUGGGCCUGGUGAGCAUCCCCAUCUCCAGCAUCACCGGGCGCCAGUUUGUCGAGCAGUGGUACCCCGUCAUCCAGCCCAGCGUCCUCACCAAGGGGGCAGGCGUCGGGGGCGGCAAGAUCAUCAACGCAUCCCUCCGCCUCAAAUCCCGCUUCCAGACCAUGAACAUCCUUCCCAUGGAGCUGUACAAGGAGUUCGCCGAGUACGUGACCAACAACUACCGCACGCUGUGCGCCGUGCUGGAGCCCGUGUUGAGCGUCAAGAGCAAAGAGGAAGUAGCCUGCGCGCUGGUUCAUAUUUUGCAAAGCACCGGGAAAGCAAAGGACUUCCUGUCAGACAUGGCGAUGUGCGAGGUAGACAGAUUCAUCGACCGGGAACACCUUAUCUUCAGAGAGAACACUCUGGCCACCAAAGCCAUAGAAGAGUACCUCAAACUGAUCGGACACAAGUACCUCAAGGAUGCUAUCGGGGAGUUCAUCAGGGCCUUGUACGAGUCGGAGGAGAACUGCGAAGUGGACCCCAUGAGAACGCCCCCUUCUGUACUCCCGGACCACCAAGCCAAUCUGAGAAUGUGCUGCGAGCUGGCGCUUUGCAAGAUCGUCAACUCUCAUUGCGUGUUCCCGCGAGAGCUUAAAGAAGUGUUCGCCUCGUGGAGAGUUCGCUGCGCCGAGCGAGGUCGAGAAGACAUUUCCGACCGCCUCAUCAGCGGUUCCCUCUUCCUGCGCUUCCUCUGUCCCGCCAUCAUGUCGCCGUCCCUCUUCAACCUGACGCAGGAGUACCCCGACGAGCAGACGUCGCGCACGCUCACCCUCAUCGCCAAAGUGGUGCAAAACCUGGCCAACUUCUCCAAGUUUGGCAACAAAGAGGAGUACAUGUGCUUCAUGAACGAGUUCCUGGAGAUGGAGUGGGGUUCCAUGCAGCAGUUCCUCUACGAGAUCUCCAACCUGGACAGCAUCAGCAACGCCGGCGGCUUUGAGGGCUACAUCGACCUGGGCAGGGAGCUCUCCAUCCUUCACAGUCUCCUCUGGGAGGUCAUGGCACAGCUCAGCAAGGUGUCAAAGGUUCUUUCCGUCCUCCAGGACGCCAUCAUCAAGCUGGGCCCUUUGCCCCGCCUCCUGAACGACAUCAGCAUGGCCUUGCGCAACCCGCACCUCCAGAGGCAGCCGAGCCACCAGACGGACCGCAUCCAGGAGCGGCAGGUGGACCGGCUGCUGUCCCGACCCAGCUUCAACAGGGGCAUCUCGUCCGAGUUCCAGAACCUCAUGAUGAGGGAUCUCAACAGCUCGAUAGACAUCACUCGCUUGCCUUCCCCGACCUCCGCGGGUGGGGUCAUGCCAUCCCGGUCCCAGAUGAGCUUUCAGGACCGAGACCACCUCCAUCGAGCGUCAUCCAAAGACAUGUUUUACGUGUCCCGCCCUCCGUUGGCCCGAUCCAGCCCGGCGUACUGCACGAGCAGCUCGGACAUCACGGAACCGGACGCAAAGGAUUCCCGAAUGAACAGCGUGUCUAACCUGCAGUCGGUGGACAUGCUCAACUCCUCCCAGGCCUCCAUCGCCGGCAUGGGCAGCUUCGGGGGGCUGAGCAGCGGAGGCGGUGGCGGCCUGGGGUCGGGCCUGAGCAGCCAGCUGCGGGCGGGUGGGAGGUUGUCAGCUGGCUCCGGCGGCUCCAGCAUGUCCGGCGGCCUCCGGCUGAGCCAGCUGAGCCAGAUGGGCACCACCACCGACUCGCUAUCCCAGCAGCAGCAACAGCAGGCCGCCGCCAUGCGCUACCCGCUUUCCUUCCAGAAUCCCCUCUUUCACCUGGCGACCGCCGACGGGCCCCAGCAGCAGCCGCUCCAUCACCAGCACAGCCGGGCUCAGCCCCCAGCGCCCCUGCUGCUGGCCCCCGAGCCCGAGCCGUCGCAUCAGGGCUACAUGCCGCAGUUCGCACACGGAGGGUUCUCUCGCAGCGAGGACCUGUCCACCCUCAGGACCCGGGACGGGCACCUGGGCCAGCCCAGCAUCAUCCACUCGCACAGCUACAGCGACGACUACGGCAGGGCCGACUACGGACGCCGGCAGAUGUCCAUGCACAUGCAGGAUAACAUCCAGCAGCAGCAAAUGAUGGGCAUGGCCUCCCAGACCGGAACCUCCCACUCCUCAUUGGCCACCACCCCUCCCUCCACAGUCCAACCGCGAGCAGCCCCGCCCCCGAGCCAACGCGUCAGAUCCCAGACGUCCCAUCAGCUGUCCGUCAGCGCGGCCGCCGCUCCUGCCGCCCCGGCCAAGUCCCGCCCGCAGAGCGGCAACCUCCUCCAGUCGCCCGAGUCGGGCUACGGCGGGCGGUCGCACGGCGGACGGCAGCUGUCCGUCAAAGACAACACGGCGCCGGGCCUGCCUCACCAGCAGAGCUCGGUGAGGGAGUCGGGGAGUCCGCAGGGCACAUCCAGCCCCACCACGCAGCAGUCCCCGCAGCAGCAGCCCCCGCAGCAGCAGCACCUACUCAAACCCAACAUGAGCAAGCAGGGCUCCCAGUCUCCAUCCACCCUCAACCCCCCGACCCCGGCCAACGAGAGGACAGUGGCCUGGGUGUCCAACAUGCCUCACCUGUCGGCUGACAUCGAGACUUCCCGCAUAGACCGUGAGGAGUUCAAACUGAAGGAGUACUCCAAGAGCAUGGACGAGUCGCGCAUGGACCGGGUACGAGAGUACGAGGAGGAGAUCAACUGCCUGAAGGAGCGCCUGAUGAUGUCCCACAAGAAGCUGGAGGAGUACGAGCGCCGGCUCUUGACGCAGGAACAGCAGACCAACAAGAUCCUCCUGCAGUACCAGAACCGACUGGAGGACAGUGAAAGGAGGCUGCGGCAACAGCAACUGGAGAAAGACUCCCAAAUUAAAGGAAUAAUUAGCAGACUCAUGGCUGUGGAGGACGAGUUACGGGGAGGACCCGUCAUUGAGCCAAUAACCAGGAUUUUCGCUGAUCAGGGGAGGCGUCAAUCCAUCCUAGUGCAGCCUCGUCUCGCACCCGUCCCACCCCGAAUAUCCAGCCACUCUCGCAGCUUCAUGGAGGACAGUGUGGAAGCUAACUGGCUGAUGCGCCAGCGCCAUUCCACGGGCUGGCACGGCCAAAUGUCCCGUGCCCUCUCCCGGGACGCCAUUGGCUGACAAAGGGAGAACGCGGGCCACUGGUCCCGGUCUGUGUGCGCUAAGAUGGAUGGUGCAGAACCUCAGCGGACCAUGUGAGGAGAAACCGCUGGAGGGAUACUUUUUAUUUUUGACACUUGAGCACUUGAGCACCCCCAACCCCUGCCCCCGCCCCCCCGCCAUCCCUCUCUGGUCGGAUGUUAUUAUUUUAAGGGCGGCUACGCCCCUCCCACCCGGGCAGAAUGACGGGACAUUUGUGCAUGCAGAGCGACUAUGCAGGACAGUUGAAAGCGUCGCGGGGGGAGAGAGAGUGGAGGUGCAUUGUGGGUAUUGUAUUUCCAAGGUGCUUGACCUCUCUCCUACUUUCUUUCCAAGCAUUUAUUCUCUCUCUCUUUCUCUGGUAGUCUUUUUAAACGGCCCUUCUUCAUUCACAGACUAUUUCUGUCCCCGCGCUUGAUUUCACUUACUUGACGUCUUCUCGGACACUUUUAACGACUCUGAAAAGACUUUUCAAGAAAACGAAAUAUGCACAGCCGAGUGAGGACAAGGACAAACUCUGCAAACUGCUUAUUUUAUAUUUCUUAUUCUCACAGUAAUAGCAACACUAAAGGACUCCUCAUCACUAAUCUUCCAGAGAUUCUUUAUUGACGUGAAGAUGAGCUCUAUCCCGCAAGGGAGAUGCGAAGUCAUUUCUUUUAUAUCUUUUUCUUACCGAGACAAUCUUGCCCUAUAAGAAAAAGGUGUGUGUGCCACCGCCCCCACCACCCCCCACAACGAUCCCGUUCGACAGUCCCUAACCCCCGAAUUUGCACAUGACCCCGCUCGUCAUCCAUUCGCUCGCCAUGGAGCUCUCUGUUUACAAGCAAGAGGAUGUUUGCUGUUUUUUACAUCACUUGAAACAACUUUGGGUGUUGUCGUUUUUUGGGAGCGGGGAAGUCAUUCCCAUGAUUCCCGCCUCCCUCUGGAGCUCAGAGAGAGAUACCUUAGAGGUCCCACUGAGCCGAAUGAAUGUGUUUGUACAUACUUGUGUGUGUGUGUGUGUACUGGCUUUGUGUACAGUAUAUGUACAUAUAUAUAACAAUGCUAUGUCUAUGUGUAUAUACAGUUUGUUUGUAUACAUGCAGAGUGUACAGUUAUUUUUUUCCCCUCUAAUGUUUCUCUCUCUUUCUACGAAUAGGCGUUACCAAUAAGGAGGCCGGGAGAGAUUUUUAAAUCCGACGCGACGUUUAAUUCCCAUCAUCUGACGUUUGCGCUCACACUUUUAUAAAAGACGGGAAGCGGUGAUUGUAAAUAUAUAUAGCCAUGAUUUUCUUUGUCCAUUGGCAUUGCUUGUCUGAGUUUCACUUUAUUGGUUCUUCUGGUUGUCAUUCAGAGUUCUAUAUUUAUUCUGACAACCCUUAUAUAUUAUAUUUAUGAUUUAUUUUGGGCUUUUUUUUCCCAAUUGAUGCCUCUCAUGGAGCAAAAAUCCUUCCAUGCCAAUAAGCAGGCAUUGCUGUUUUUUCCCAUAUAUACUAAGUGUGCCUGUCUCUUAUCUUAUAUUUACUUAUUUAAUUCCCCCUCUACUCCCCCCCCACCCCCCCUAAACCCCGCCCCCUCGCCUCACACACACACUUUUGACAAGCCAUAUAGUUCCCCCCUUUUUCUCUCUUGUUGUUUUUGAACAGAACACUUUUGGGGAUGUGUUUGUGUAUAUUAUUGGAAGAGUGUCGUGUUAUGAAUGUGGAUUGUUGAUGAUUUCAUUAUUGCCUAUUGUAAUAACGAGUAUUGCCACUUUGGGGUGCGUUGAUUGGUCGGCGCGGUUGAUGACAAACAACAACGUCCUUCCUUCUCAUUUAUUUAUUUUUCUUUGUUGGUUUAUCUUUUUGAAAUACACCGGAAUUUAUAUUUUUCGGGUGGGUGAAUCUGGAGAUAGAAAUACGUAAAUAAAUUAAUAAAUUAUUAAAUUCUUAACCGAGUGUGGGAUUGUGUCCUCUUCUUUUUUGUGUGUUUUUUUUUUUUUUUUUUUUUGCAUCAGAAUUUUUUCUUAACUAUAUGAAACAGGAUCAAUUUUAAGCUGGCUUGUGAUGAAACUAUAAAUUUGUGUCCAGUCUAGCAAAAAUAACUUGUAUAUUAAUCAUAUAUUAAUAACAUAUAUAAAUAAAUUAAAAACGCCUUAUCACUUAUAAAUAGUAAGGGAGAAAGAGAGAAAUAUGUGAUGAACAUAAAACAGGAAAUAGAACUUGAUAAUACAACAAUGUAGGCUGCACGGCGGGCAAGUGGUUAGCACGCAGGACUCACAGCUAGAAGACCCGAGUUCAAUUCCACCCUCGGCCAUGUUCUGUGUGGCGUCUGCAUGUUUUCCCAAUCGGCAAUCACAGGGCACAUAUAGACAAACAACCAUUCACACUCACAUCCAACAAAAUCAUCUCAAAUAAAAUAAUAAUAAUAAAAAUCCAAUUAAUUGGCUCCAGAUCCUCCAAAAUAUGAACAUUUUCCGAACAUUUUGUAGAGCAGGGGUCUCAAACUCGAUUUUCCUGGGGGCCACUGGAGCUAGGGUCUGGGUGAGACUGGGCCGCAUCAGGUUUUCCAAAAAAAUAAAAAACAACGCAUUUAUUAAAAAUAGAAAAAUGAAUAAACUUUGCUUUGGUUCCGAUUUUCUACAAGAAAAGCUCUGAUAAAACAUUCCACUGUUCUCAAAUAUCUUAAUUUUUAUUUUUCUACACAAAAUAAGAUGAAAAAUAAAUAAACAAAUCAAGAAUAAAGAAAAUCAAUCAAUCAGUAAUAAAUAAAUAUAAUAAUAAUAAUAAUAAAAAGUUAAGAAAGCACAUAUAGUUGGUGGGUAGACAAAUGAUUUUUUUCAUAUUAAAAUGAACAAAGCAUUAUUAGAGCCCUGUAGACAUGACAAAACACGACUAUAGUCACAUUUAUACUCUUUUUAUUUACAACAUAUUGCGCAACUGCAGGGUCUUGAGACACAUGCUAACUCGCAAACUAGAGAGCUAGCCACCUAAACGGUAGCCUUCAAGUUAUUUCCUUUCAACUUAAAUAGCCCAAAACUUACCACUUCCACACGGAUAGGGAGGAUAACUAUUAACAGUUAUUUAACCUUUAACAUGAACAUGAAUAAAACGUAAUCAUUUUUUCUGGGUACAUGAUACCAUACAGCAUCCAUAUCAAACUAUUAAACUUUCAUAUCAAGGCGGGGGCCUCAAACUAGUGUCCUGCGGGCCACAAUUGGCCCACGGGCCGCGUGUUUGAGACCCCUGUUGUAGAGAAUAAUAAUCAUAUUUGUACAUGUAGAGAACAAGGUGACAUAAAUGACAACUUGAUGGAUUAUCAACUUUGUUUACCUCCAUGGAGGGUUAUUUAGCUUAACAAAAAAUGCACAAACAGUGAGUAUGUGGGGUUUUUUUUAGCACUGAGUUUAGUGCAAAAUUAGCGAAAAGAGAAUCUUUUUUUUUUGUGAAUGUGUCUGACCUGAGCAGAUGACCUGCCCUUCAUGUCUCAGUUGAAAGCCCAAGGUGGGCCACACAGGUGCUGUCACCAUUUGGACUAAUUAGAUGUCUGAUGAGCUUCAUGCCGGCUGCAACCACAGAGUCUGCUGCUAGUUUGUGGAGGUCACCGUGACUCUGAAGAAGAAUCGAAAGGUGACGCACACGCCACUCAAGCAAAGCAAAUGAAUCCAGACGUGCUUUCUAUUUGGUGACAAGAAGUCUUUUAUGACUUGUUUCCUAACUUUUCUAUCCCUGGGACCACCUUGUGCAGUGAAAUGUGUUAUCCCGUUUGGAUGGAAUGUUUUUUUCCCUCCAGAUGGUGGCCCAAAUGUGCUCCAUCUGUAAAAUCUUCCUGAUUUUUUUUAAAUUCCACAGCAGGUUGGAUGACAAGAUGCAACAUUCAUGGAUCAGAUACGUCAUGUUGAAUUCACAUCCACUUGGAAAACAACGUUUUCCAUGUUUAUGCGUAUUUUAUGUCAUGGGAAUAAUCAUAAUAAUUGUUUCUUCAGUUAACCCUCCUCUUGUGUUCGGGUCGGCACCCAAUCACAUGACAUUUGUUCAUUGCAUCAAGGCUUUUUGACUUUGUCAGGAAUCUCUAUUUCAUCCAUCCAUCCAUUUUCCUUCGCUUAUCCGGGUCUGGGUCGCAGGGGCAGCAGUCUUAGUAGGGAAGCCCAGACUUCCUGGUCCCCGGCCACCUCCUCCAGCUCCACCGGAAGGACACCAAGGCGUUCCCAUGCCCACACCAAAAGUAUUAAAAGCAACAUUUUCAUGGAUGAGGAAGCCUAAGAAGGUAACCAAGACAUGAGAAGCUAAUUUGAUGGUAACUUAUUAUUUUUAGUGUAUUUUAUAGCUGAUUUAAUACAUGGGUCAAAACCCACCCGUUAACAUAAGAGAUGAUAGCAGAAAGCUAACACAAAAGGAAGGUUAAUUUGUUGAUAUUACAGCUAAAGGUAUUUGUUUUUACACAUAUUAUAAUGACAAAAUAGCUCGUAAUAGUGUCAUUUAAGAGCGUAUAUCCAACCAUUUCCAUGUUUUUUCUUGAAAAUAAAUGAUAUCAACCUAAAUGAAGUUGUUCCCCCCACUUCACUCAAAACUCUAAUCAAAUAGUCUCAUUUGUUAGUGCUACGUUUGUGCUGUUUUGAGUUAUUACAGUUUAGCAACCAAAGGUUGACUUAUGUACUUAUGUCUGUUUUGUGGUUGACUAUAGCUUAUUAGUCCAAAAAUACUCAAAGACAAGUUUUAUAUACAAUAUUGUGGUUACUAUUACUAUCAGUAAUAUUAUAAAACAUGACGUUAGAUUACAUUUAGUUUCACACAGCCAAGCUGACAUGCCACGGUUGAGGUCUCCUCUAAUUCUGUGUGGAAGUGGUAAGUUUUUUACUUCUUCCUCGUUCCGUUAGAAACACUUUCUUAAGUUUAGUGCAGCCCAACUCAAAUAGUUAAUAACUGAAAAACAAAAGCAGCACAAACGUUCAUUUUAACUGCACAAAACAGCACAAACGUAGCAGUUUUGAGUGAGGUGGGGGGUCAACAUCACUCAGGUCCGAAACUAUCACUAGCUAUGCCAUUGUUCCGCAAAAAAAAACAGUGAUGUCAGGCAUUCCAUGUUGCCGUGUUCAUUGUAUUCCACUUGUAGUGGUAACAACCGUUAAAAUUAACAAGAAAUUAAAGAAACAAGACUGCUCUAAUAAUUUAAAAACGACAUAAUGUAUUAUUAUGCUGGUAGGUUUUAGUGAUGUACAACUCAAUCAGUCCCCAGGUUAUGUUCCAAGACCCCUCCAGCCAAAACAUAAAAAAAAAAAAAAUACAAGUACUGUAAUAGGCGCACCCAUAAAUAUGCCUUAAAAUGCCUAUUUUUGAUACCAGGAAUGUCCCAAGUGCAGCACAUUCUUAAAAAUAUAAUUUAACAAGAAAAGUUAUUUAUUCAUAAGUGGAAUAUUUGUGUAGUUAGAUCAUAGAAAACCUGUUAAUGACCUUCUAGAGCUAGUUUUUAUCAUUAUUAGAGCACUCUACACAUGAAAUAACACCUCUGUAGUCACCUCUGCACUUGUAUUAUCACUAUAGUCGACAUAACAAGAGAAAAUAAGAUACAUAAAACAUAAUAUAGACACACAUUAGUAGCAUUGGGAGAGUA